AUGGCUUGGAGAUCUUGCCAGACCGGGAGUCAAUACCAGACGGACGAGUUGUCGGAGAUCCUCUUCACUAAUGUGAAGAUGCUGAUACGCCAACAAAUACUGGUGUGCGAGAUGCGCAGAGCUGCUGAUCAACACAUCUUGUUCCCGAGCUGGGGCCGGAGAUGGCAAGAUAUUGCCACAGUGGUUUGGUCGGACGCUUCCCAAGAGAAGCGUCCAACCAAAUCCGCGACGAUAUCAUAUGUGGCCUGCUUGGGACACAAGGAGAUCCUGGAUGGAAACGAUGCGGUCACGGUCGGGGAGGACGUGGUCUUCCUUGUGCGCGCCAUGUGGCUUGAGAUCCGGGGUGGUAUCGUAAACCGAUCGUCUUGGGAGAGCGAGGUGAGUGCCAAGACGGUGGGCGGCCUCGUGACAGACAGCAAGGGCAUUUAUGAUGCCAUUUUUCACGACGCGGAACGUGUCGGUCCUCCACGGACUUCGCUGAUCCCGUGCUGGAUUUGA